GUUGGUUACCCGCCCUACUUUCACUGCAUCUCGUGUCCAUUGGGCCACGAGGUGAACGGAACCAGCUGCCGGGAUAUGAAUGAGUGCCUGCUCUACGAUCCUUGUGACGAGCUUACGACCUGCACCAAUCAUAGUCCUGGCUUCCAGUGCAGCCCGUGUCCCGUUGGCUUCGAUGGCACCCACGCCCAUGGCUACUUCGCCGACUACUACUCCGUGGAUUAUCGCAGGCAAACGUGCCUGGACGUCGAUGAGUGCCGAACUGGAUUCUUCCGAUGCCCAGAGCAUUCCACCUGCAUUAACGAGAUUGGUUCCUACAGAUGCCAGUGCCACGAAGGAUAUGUGACGAACGGCACCUACAGCUGCCUGGACAGAUCCUCGGUGUCCAUGUGUCCAGAUGGUAGCGUGUGUGACCGCAAUGCCGUGUGCCUGCGGAUGGAUAACCUGCGCCACAAGUGCCACUGCAAUGUGGGAUGGGCGGGCAACGGAUUGAAGUGCGGCAGGGACACCGACGUGGAUGGCUGGCCGGAUCAGGCAAUCGGUUGUCCAGAGCUGCACUGCCAGCGGGACAACUGUCCGAGGCUGCCCAACUCGGGCCAGGAGGACGCCGAUCUGGAUGGAUAUGGCGAUGGCUGCGACGACGAUGCUGACGGCGACAAUGUCCAGAACAGCCAGGACAACUGCUGGCUCGCCUACAACACCGAGCAGCUGGACUCGGAUGGGGACAGAGUGGGCGAUGUGUGUGACAACUGCGUGCUCAAGUACAAUCCCAGGCAGCUGGAUACGGAUGAGGAUGGUCUGGGGGACGAGUGCGAUGGGGAUAUCGACAACGACUCCAUACCGAAUGAGUUGGACAACUGCCCGUUGCACCCGAAUCCAAGCCAGUCCGACGUGGACAACGAUGGUGUGGGCGAUGGCUGCGACAACUGUCCGAAUCUCCCGAAUCCCGACCAGAAGGAUCGCGACAUGGACUUUGUGGGCGAUGCCUGUCACAGGGACAUCGACGGCGAUGACGAUGGAGUACCAAACUCGCUGGACAACUGCCCAAUGGUCAGCAACUCGGACCAGCUUGAUACUGACGGUGAUGGAACGGGCGACGAGUGCGAUGAUGACAUGGACGGCGACGGCGUACCCAACUACAAGGACAACUGUCCGCUGGCCAAGAACCCCAAGCAGGAGGACUUCAAUCGCAAUGGCAAGGGUGACGCUUGCGAGGAUGACGAAGACGUUGAUGGGGUGCCAAAUGCCAUGGACAACUGUCCGAACAACUCGAUGAUUCAUCACACGGACUUUCGCACUCUUCAAACCAUCCCACUGGAUCCCAAAGGCCUAUCCCAAGCGGAUCCCAACUGGGUGGUGCACGCAAAUGGCACCGAGAUUGUCCAGACCCUCAACUCGGAUCCGGGUCUGGCGGUGGGCAAAGACGCCUUCGGAGGCGUUGACUUCGACGGCACCUUCUACAUCAACGAUGACACGGACGACGACUACGCCGGCUUUGUGUUCAGCUACCAGAGCAGCUACAAGUACUACGUGGUUCAGUGGAAGAAGGGCACCCAAACCUACUGGGAGCCACGACCAUUCACCGCCUCCGCCGCGCCGGGCAUCCAGAUCAAGCUGGUCAACAGCACCGAGGGUCCGGGGCCAAUGAUGAGGAACAGCCUGUGGCACGAGGGAAACACCGACGGAGAGGCCAGGCUGCUGUGGAAGGAUCCGAAGAACAUUGCCUGGAAGGAAAGGACCUCCUACCGCUGGUCCCUGGUGCAUCGACCGGCCAUCGGCCUCAUCCGCCUGCAAAUGCACGAGGGCAAUCGCCUGAUCUUCGACUCGGGCAAUGUGUUCGACUCCACGCUGAAGGGCGGUCGGCUGGGCGUGUUCUGCUUUUCGCAGAGGAUGAUUAUAUGGUCCAACCUGCAGUACAAGUGCAAUAAUCGUGUGAAGCCGCUGAUCUACAAUGACCUGUCCGACUAUCUCAAGACCAAGGUGGAGUUGCAGGACUGAAGGGAACCCCACUCCUUAGAGCCAUGAAGCCCUUUCUGCCAUCAAUUUUAACCAAAUUACUUAUUAAUGCUACUACUUAGUUAAU